UAAAAUAUAAACAGCUGUCAAAGUGUGUUUAUUGUUUUUAAUAAUUAAAACCUUAUUAUUAAUUGUGCAAAUUAAAUAUAUUAUUAAAUGUAAAGAUUUAACAUAUUUUUUUUAAAACAAUAUAUUAAUUAUUUAUCAACAAACGUUUAGUUGUUAUUGAAACUUUUUGAGGUUAGGUUUUGUUAUAAUUUUUCUAACAAUGGAAUAUAAAUUUUUAAAAUCUAUUGACUGUCAACAAGGUGCUGUUCGAGCUGUAAGAUUUAGUGUCGACGGUGCUUAUUGUUUAACAUGCGGAUCGAAUAGAAGAGUUAAACUUUGGAAUCCUUACACGGGAUCUCUUUUAAAAACUUAUAGCGGUCAUGGCGAUGAAGUAAUGGAUGCACAAUCAUCUUGUGACAGUGGUCAAAUAGUUUCUGGUGGAUUAGAUAAAUCUGUAAUUCUUUGGGAUGUUGCAACAGGAACACCGACUCGUAGAUAUAGAGGACACGUUGCACCUGUUACGUCUGUAAGAUAUAAUGAGGAAUCAUCAAUGGUUGUCUCAGGUUCUCGUGAUAAUUCUGUAAUGUGUUGGGAUGUUCGAUCAAGAGCCCAAGAUCCCGCUCAAACGUUAAACGAUGCAAAAGAUUCAAUUUCAAGUGUUAAAGUUUCUGAUUAUGAAAUUUUAUCAUCUUCUUUUGAUUGUAAAAUUCGAAGAUACGAUAUGAGAAAUGGUGAACUUCUCACGGACUACAUGGGAGAAAUUGUAACCUGUGCAAGUUUUACCAGAGAUGGUCAAUGUAUUUUAGUCAGUUGUGCCGAUGGAAUUAUUAGAUUAAUCGAUAAGGAAACAGGCGAACUUCUUGGUGAAUAUUCAGGUAUUCCAAGAACUGAUUUAUGUCUUGAGUCAAGUGUCGAUUGUAAUGAUAUGAGAAUUCUUUCCGGCUCAAGCGAUGGACAUCUUUAUGUUUGGGAAUUAGUUUCACAAAAAUUAUUAACAAAAUUAACAGCCGAUAAACCAUUAAUACAUGCAACAGUUUCAAUUAGCGUUCAUCCACAGAAAAAUUGUUUUCUCGCCUCGAAUGGAAUGAAUAUUUACAUGUGGGAAAGUGUAACAAAAAACGACUCGGAAUAAAGAAAAGAAAAAGAAAAAGUAAGACAAUUCGUAAUUAUGAUAAAAUUUUUAAAUUUCAGAAUUAAAAAUCAAUAAUUAAAAUUUUAUUAAAGAAAAUUUAAUAGAAAUAAAUGAAUUUCAUAUCUCUUGUAAUAUAACAAUUUUUUUUUGUUUAAUUUUGCAAAAAAAAUGAACUAGACAAGUGAAUGUUGAGUCAUGUAAAAAAUAUAAAGUUAAUCUUUAAUCAAAUAAGAUGCCAAUUAAUAUUGUAUAUAUAUAUAUAUAUA